AAUCCGUUGAUGUUUCCUCGAGCAGAGGUGUCAUUUGUAAAUCAAACAGACAUUUCGAACGAAAAAAGAAGGCAAAUCAUGUGGCCGGGCCGGAAAAAGUUCAAGGCGCACGACGCCGACUUCACCGGACAUCCAGAAACGCUCGAGAAGGUACCGCACCGGACGCGCUUCGAUCUGUUCCAUCGAACCAAAGAGAUACUGGGACUAAAACGGCCCGUUGCGGAAGAAAAACACGUUAGAAAGGAAACGCCAAAACAGACGGCGGCAGAGAAAUGUCGUGCCGGACGACCGAAAGUGAAUCUGUUCCCACAGAUUUCGCUGAACGAUGUGCGGGAGAAGGAUUUGAAUAGCAUCGUUGAGUACAUGUACAGUUCGGAUUGGAAGGAAGCGGCGCUGUUCACUCGGACUGUUAGCUGUCGGAACAUCGGUAAGGAACGAGAAGGAUUGAAACAGGAAGACGUUGUGCGUGACUUUCCCAACCGAUUCCGGAAUAAAUCCCAGAAGAUUGAACCCUUUGAUCUACCCGUUUCGGACGUUAACUUAUCCCAUUGGUACAAAACGUUUUCGUAAAGUUUUAGAUAGUAAAUUAUAACAAAAAUUACCAGUAGAACAAGAACCUAUUUACUCUGCU